AUGAGCGAAGUCCAGACUGUUGCAAACCCCGACGUGGUUACCAAGUACAAGAUUGCCGGUGAGAUUGCCGGUCGUGUUUUGGAACAGGUGAAGGCUCUAGCCGUCCCUGGUGCUAAGAUUGCCGAUCUUUGUGUUAAAGGUGACGAGCUCUUGAACGAAGAGCUGGCCAAGGUCUACAACAACAAGAAGGUCACCAAAGGCAUUGCUUUCCCGACCUGUGUGUCGCCCAACGACUGCGUUGCUCAUUUCAACCCUCUUUCCACCGACAAGGAGGCAGAGAUCGAGCUCAAGACUGGCGAUGUCAUCAAGAUCUCUCUGGGUGCCCAGGUCGAUGGCUACCCCAGCAUUCUCGCUGAUACCAUUGUUGUUGGUGAGUCCAAGGUUGAGGGCGCUGUUGCCGACAUGAUCGCUGCUGCCUACUACGCUACUGAGGCUGCUCUGCGCACCUUCAAGCCCGGUAACCGUAACUGGGAUGUCACCAAGGUCGUUGACGAGGUUGUCAAGGACUUUGACUGUGUUCCCUUGGAGGGAAUGAUGUCUCAGCAGCACCUCAAGGAUACUAUGGAUGGCAAGAAGAAGAUCAUUCUUAACCCCUCUGAGCAGCAGCGCAAGGACUUUGAGUCGGUCAAGUUCGAGGAGGACGAGGUGUACGGCUUAGACGUUAUUGUCACUUCUGCUGGAUCUGCCAAGGCUGGCCCUAAGGACACUCCCACCACUAUUUACAAGAAGACUGCCCUCACUUAUCAGCUCAAGCUCAAGACCUCUCGUCAGGCCAUCUCUGAGAUCCAGAAGAAGUGCGGCAACUUCCCCUUCACUGUACGCAUGCUUGAGGACCAGAAGCGCGCUCGCAUGGCCCUACAAGAGCCUUUGAACCACGGUUUGCUCGAUGCCUUCGAGGUUGUCUACGCCAAGCAGGGCACUCCCGUCGUCCAGCUGUUCACCACCUUUGCUAUCACCAAGAACGGUAUCCUCAAGUUUGCCUCUGCUCCUGCUCCGGACUUCACCAAGAUUGCUACUACCAAGAAGGUUGUUAACGAGGACUUGGUUGCACUGCUCAAUACUUCUCUUCGCACCAACAAGAAAAAGAAGAAGGCUGCCAAGACUGAGGCCUAA